AUGCGAGAAGCCAUCCUGAGUUCACUCCAUGUCCCCCCGAAAGUCCUGUCCUUUUUGGCAACUGGUGGAGUUCUGAGCAUGGCACACAUCCACGUCCACGUGCACUUGCCCAGCGGCAGCUGCUGCCUGGUACCACUGGCGCCGGAGUCGCUGGUCGCAGAUCUGAAGUCGGCCGCCCAGCGAGCUUUGGGCCGGCGGUUUCUGAGCCUCGUGGCGAAUGGACGACAGCUGGACCUGGCCAACAGCCUGAACCAUGGCUAUUGCCAAGACGAGACGGUGGUGACCUGGGGCGAUCCUGACGCGGGUGGCGACGCUUCGCACCUGAGCGGCCUGAAGGUGCGGCAGAUCGUGGGCGGCAGCUACAGCUUCGCAGCGACCACUGCUGAGGGCGCGCUGGUGACCUGGGGGGGGAUGACGUAUUAUGCGGCAGGCAUUCCCCGCCCCGAUCUCCGGGGCGUGCGACAGAUCUUCGCGAGCUGUCACGCCUUUGUUGCGGUUCUCGACGACGGCCACGUGGCUGCCUGGGGGCACGCGGACUGCGGAGGGGCCGUUGACGACGUUUCAAAGCAGCUGGAUCUGCUCUCCCGGAGCAUCGAGACCUUGCGGGCGCAGUUCCGCGAGCUGCGCCAGGCUGGUGUGAGCUCCGCCAUGUGCUCCUGGUGGGGCCGCAAGGCCCGAAUCGACGGUCCAAUCGAAGUGAGGAAGGACUUGCUCUUGAAGGACUCGGAUAUCAAACGAGAUGACGCAGACUCGGGAUGCUUGGUUGCAGUGCCGAUCGAUCCAGCUGGCAGGAGUGCGAACACCGAUGAGCUGAUGCCAUCCGUGCUGGAGGUCUGGGCAACGCUUUCGAGCCAGCUGGAGGCGGCAGCGGACGCCGGGGUCUUUGUGUCCGCAACUCAGCUUUCGAAUCUGGAACACAUGAAGCAGUCCUUCCACAUUGAGCCCUAUGGCGGGCGCUCGCCAUUCACGCCAGGCAUGUUCACUUUGCAGAACCCUUUCACCCUUGUAUCCACGGUGAGUGAUGGCUGGAAACCUAUACCACCCAGGUUCCUGGACGACCUGAAGUACAUCCACCAGCAGUAUGGCCAGCACACCGCCCUCUGGCGUGAGGUGGGGAGCUUUGUCAUGCUGCCCCAGAGCAAGACCAACAACAUGUGCCAACAGCAGCGGUCCCUACAGCUUCGAAAGGGCUCGAAAGGCCUGCCCCUCUUUUGGCUCUACGACGUCUGGGGCCCACGGAAGCGAGUCUCGGCGCAGCAUUCCAUGGGAGAGGUGGACCACUGGAGAUCUGCCUGGGCCGCAGGAUGGGGAGCUUUGUCGAUAGGCCCAAAGGUGCUGGACUCUGUGCGGGGCACGGAGUUGGAUGGUGUCUUCCUGCGCCCGGGGGGCAUGCUGGAGAAGUCCCCGAGCCGGGGCGGCUUGCGGCCCACCAGCGCUCCGCGGGUGGCGCAGACCCUGGAAGGAGAUGCUACGGUGAAGGGCCACCCGAACCCUUUCAAGGCCGAGCACGUGCAGUAUUUGCAGGAGCGCCGGAAAGGAGGAGCCACAGCCAAGCGGACGGCCACGCGGGCGCCGUCUGUGGCGGCCAAGCUUAGACAGCGGCAGCGUGAGCAAGCGGUGCUUCAGUCCCUAGAGAGGCUGGAACACAAGCACACAGUGGAGCGUGCCGUGCGGGAACUCGAGGAGGUCCUGGCCGCGGCGUCGCCGGAGGAGCUGCACCGCUUCCUUCGCACCGCCUUCGACCCGAAGCGGCCCCCGGUCACCUGCAAGGCUCGGCAGUCGCUGCUUCUGCUGCUGCGAGCUGUGGUGCGUCGCUUUCACGCCCUGGGGGACCUUACAGUCGCUACAGCGGCGCUCAAGGAGCCUGUGCUGGUCGACGCGCUCAAGAGUCCCGAGCAGAAGGAGGUGGUGGUGAUCACAUUGCACGACAUCCUGGAUUGCCAUGUGCCCGAAGAGGCGCCGGAGCAGGCGAAGAAGGGCUUUCUGCAAGCCGGCCGGGGCAUUCUCAAAGCGUUGCUGGACCCCCUGGCCUUGGGUAUGGGCUGGGACUCGGAGGUGAAGCGGCGCUGUGUCGCCGUGCUGAAGGCAAUCACCCCCGAGCUGCUGCGCAGAGCUCGGCAGUGUCAAGCGGGCGGGGAUGCGGUGCCAGAUUCUCAGGUUCAGGACCUCCUUGAAACCUACGGGCAGUUGCUGAUGCAUUCCCUGGAGGUGUCCACGGAUCUCCACGAGGCGCUGCUGCAGUGCCUCUUGCAGCUCUGCCACGACGAGGCCUGUCAAAAGCUGCAGCUUCGCGCCAAAGAGCUCACCGAGCUGUGUGCCGGGCAUUUGUUGGACACACCCUCGCCGCAGCCUCUCUACGUGCCUAGCAAGGAGGUGCGGCCUGAGUCGCCGGCGCGGGGCGCCUUGAGCCGUGGCCUGGCGCUGGCGUGCUGCCAGCUGCUGCAGCGCCUGCCGGCCAUGCAGGUGGAAGAAGAUCUGCGACUUCUUCGGCCACAGGUGCUGCGGGCCUUGGACCGGGAGAACUUGAACCUGCAGCGCCUCUGUCGCGGCCAUGAGCUCCUCAGGAGCUCCAUCCAGCAGGCGAAGCAGGCCUGGGAGGCCCUGCCGGCCAGAACCUCCUCAGCGCACCGCCACCGCGCUGCGGUGAAGUCGGCCAUGGAGCUGGAGGAGGGUCUGGACGCGCGACGAGUGUCCGACGCGACAGGUGAGCGGGCUGACGGUGCCGAGGGGGCAGAGUCCGCCGAUGGCGAGCUGGCUGCAGAGGACACUGCGCCCACCAUGCACCCCACGGAGCUGGAUGCCGAGAUGGAGCUGGCAAAUGCGCCCGGCUCGCGGCGAUCCACGUCCUGGUACCUCCAGGACAGGCCAGAGCCGCAGAAGGAGGUCAUCCGCCUGGAAAACGAGCUGAUGACUUCGGCAGGGCCUGUACCCAGGUGGGAACCGCCCUGCGGAGCCGGGCGCAUGCCCCUCGCGGGCCAUCCGGCAGAUGCGGUGCGGAGGACGGCGGACGCAGCCACAGAGGCCGGGCGCAUGCCCCUCGCGGGCCAUCCGGCAGAUGCGGUGCGGAGGACGGCGGACGCAGCCACAGAGGCCGGGCGCAUGCCCCUCACGGGCCAUUGGGCAGAUGCGGCGCGGACAGCAGAUGCUGCCACAGAGGCGGGGCUCGAGCAGAGGACGGCAGACGUGGCGACGGAGAUCACACCUCGGGAGGAGAAGCUCAUAGCCUCGAGGGACGCGGGAGGAUCUGAGAGGACACCCGCCGUCGCGGUGGCCGAAGGGGCACCGGCAGCGCGGCAAGCGCGGCAAGCGCGGCAAGCGCACCGUUGCGAAGCCAUGGAGAGGCCCGGCUUUCUUGCAGAGGUGAUCCCGAGCCGCGCCUUGAACUCUGAGGAUUGCCCGCUGCUGUCGGGUAUCCUGGACUACUUGGCAGCUGGACGAGUAGAUUUGGCCAUGCAAUGCAUCUUCAGCUUGGGUAACGAGCAGACUCUGCGGGUUGUGCUGCAACGCCUAGAGAGCGACCGGGUCUGGGAGCAGCUUCCGAAGCCGGAGGCGCUGCACUUGGCGCGGCUGCUGGUGGCGCUGCUUUGCAGAGAUCCCUUCAGUCCUGGCGCUGCGGAGGCCUGUCCAUGGCUGGAAAGCCUGGUGCGCGUGAAAGGCGAUGGCAUGCUGCAAGAGGAGCUGUCGCAGCUGCAGGGGGCGCUCUUCAGCCUCUCAGGGGCCGGCGGCGGUUUGGGGCCCUGCGCGGCACGGCUCUACUUCCAGCUGUUUCAGCAGGCUGUGCCCAUGGCUGGCGGCUUCGGACGCACGCCUUUUCCUGCGCUGGCUUGCUUCUAG